UACAGCUAUUCCAAGAUGACAGAUCCUAUGAUGGACUUUUUUGAUGAUGCCAACCUCUUUAGUGAUACCUUAGAAGGUUUGUCAGAUGAUGCCUUUGUACAAACUGGACCUGUUUCACUGGUAGAUGAAUUGAACUUGGGUGCAGAAUUUGAGCCUUUACACAUUGACUCAUUAAACCAUGUGCAGGAAACACAGGCUCAAAAGAUGAACGAAUUUGAACACCUGAAUCAGUACGAUUCUCUGAAACUUCAAGUCAGUCAGUCCUUCAGCGGCCCAGCUGAAAACGUUUUGUCACCACACUCUCAAUUUAAUUGCUCACCCAUUCAUCCCCAAAGCCAAACAAAUGGGAUGUUUCCAGAUGUGGCAGAUGGAAGCCCUAUGUGGGGACAUCAGACUUCUAGCAGUGUUUCUAAUCAGAAUGGAUCUCCUUUUCACCAAGGACAUUCCCAGUCUAUGCAGCAGAAUAAAAGUUUUGUAGCACACCACGAUUUUGCCUUAUUUCAGGCCAGCGAACAGCACCAUCCGUGUGCCUCAUUGCAGUCACAGCAAAACAGAAAUGGCAUCGAUACAGGAGAGGACGCUCAGAGUCAGUCAGACAACUUCAUGGAAGUUAAUACCUGUAUUCCACAUAGAACCAGUGUUCCCCACCCACCUCAAGCUGCUAACCUAUCAAAUUCUCAACAGCCUGUUUCCAUUCAGUCUUUUUCUCAGACUGCAAAUGACUCGCCACACUUUUGUGGAAAUCGAGAAGGAAGCUUUGGUGGACAUUCUCCAAGUAUAACACCCUGCUCGGUUAAUAGUACACAGUUUUCUCCUCCUUAUUCCUACUCCAGUAACCACAUCUCUCCUACCGGUCUCCUGCAGUCUUCUACAGCUCUUUCUGCUAGUCAACAGACUCAUCCUUUAUCUGACUUUGCUGGAAACGAUGCCUUUGCACCUCAGACAGGGACCAAGCACGAAAAUUCAGAUAACAUCCUUAACUCCAGCACAUCUUUGAAUUCAGAUAAUUUCCAUGUGUUACACCCAACACAUCCUCAGGGCAACUUCAGUAGUUCAAAACUAUCUGCAGUGAACAUGAAUUUUUCUGUCCCAGCUGGCUCAGGUCCUCAGAUGAGCCAUUUCAGUGAUACUAUAGAAGGCAACGGUUUUUCAUCUUUGGAUGAGAACUUGCUUCAUCAAGUGGAGUCUCAGACAGAAUCAUUUACGGAGCUGGAUCCAGAAGCUCUCCUUCAGGAGGAUCUUCUUCCCCAGUUUGAUGAAUCAGCAUUUGUUCACGAUAGCUCAGCUAAUGAGUUAGAACAUGACUUAGAACACAGUGUUAGCCCACCGGUCACAAAGGCGCACCUUGGCCGGACGCAGUCUCAAAAUUGCAGUCAUCCCUGGAAUUCUUCUGGUUCUAGUCAGCAUCCACAAGAGCGAAAACGUAUAAAUGUUCAAGGGCAGCCUCCUUCCACCAAGAAAACGGAUGGUUCUGGGACAUACGCUAAGUUGCCGAAUACCCAGGUGAAGGCAGUGUCUGAGAAGAAACAGAAAAAAAAAGUGGAAUCAGAAAGUAAGCAGGAGAAAGCUAAUCGCAUAAUAUCAGAGGCAAUAGCAAAAGCAAAAGAGAGAGGAGAGAGAAACAUUCCACGAGUCAUGAGUCCAGAAAACUUCCCAAGUGUAUCAGCAGAAGGAAGAGAAGAGAAGAAAGGAAGAAGAAUUAAGUCAAAGCCAAAAGAUAAAGAAAGCAAAAAACCUAAAACUGGCUCUUCAUCCAAAACUAAAGAGAGAGCAAAAAUUGGCAAGCUUAUUAUUACUCUGGGUAAAAAGCAGAAGAGAAAAAAUGACUCUUCAGAUGAAAUGUCUGAUGCUAAGCAGGUUUCUCAGCAACCAUUCAAAGAUGAAGCUUCUCAGAAGAGACGGUCAAACCGUCAGAUUAAAAGAAAGAAGUACGCAGAAGAAGGUGAAGGAAAACAAUCUGAGGAAGAAGCAAAAGUUUCUGUGAAAAUAAAAAAGAAUUCUGCACCUUUGCCUGCGGAACAACCAUUACAAUUAUUCAUUGAGAACCCAAGUGAAGAAGAUGCAGCAAUUGUAGAUAAAAUUUUAUCUUCCAGAAUUAUAAAGAAAGAAAUUCAAGCGGGAGUGAUGGCGGAAGCAGAGGAAUUUUUUGUUAAAUAUAAAAACUACUCCUACCUCCACUGUGAAUGGGCCACAGAGCAGCAACUUUUAAAGGAUAAAAGAAUCCAGCAGAAAAUCAAACGUUUCAAGCUGAGGCAAGCACAGAGGGCCCAUUUUUUUGCAGAUAUGGAGGAGGAACUUUUUAAUCCAGAUUACAUUGAAGUAGAUCGGGUGUUAGAAGUCUCCUUCUGUGAAGAUAAGGACACUGGAGAGCCUGUUACUUACUACUUAGUAAAAUGGUGCUCAUUGCCAUAUGAAGAUAGCACAUGGGAGCUGAAAGAAGAUGUAGAUCAAGGAAAAAUUGAGGAGUUUGAACAACUGCAAGCUUUAAGACCAGAUUCAAGGAGAUUGGAUCGACCUCCUCCUAACUCAUGGAAGAAGAUAGAACAGUCCAGGGAAUAUAAAAAUGGCAACCAACUCAGGGAAUACCAGUUGGAAGGGCUCAACUGGCUCCUUUUCAACUGGUACAAUAGACAAAACUGCAUCUUAGCUGAUGAAAUGGGUCUUGGCAAAACCAUCCAAUCCAUAACAUUCCUCUUUGAAAUCCUCCUGACUGGCAUAAGAGGGCCUUUCCUGAUCAUAGCUCCACUGUCCACCAUAGCCAACUGGGAAAGAGAGUUUCGCACAUGGACUGAUCUCAAUGUUGUGGUGUAUCACGGAAGCAUGAUCAGUAGGCAGAUGAUACAGCAGUAUGAGAUGUACUUCAGGGACUCUCAGGGUCGCAUCAUUAGAGGUACAUACAAAUUCCAAGCCAUUAUCACUACCUUUGAGAUGAUUCUUGGCGGCUGUCCAGAACUCAAUGCUGUUGAAUGGCGCUGUGUUAUUAUUGAUGAAGCACACCGGCUGAAGAAUAAAAACUGCAAACUUCUAGAAGGUCUCAAACUCAUGAAUCUUGAGCACAAAGUGCUUUUGACAGGCACGCCUCUGCAGAAUACAGUAGAAGAACUUUUCAGCCUCCUUCACUUCCUUGAACCUUUACGUUUUCCAGCAGAAUCUACAUUCAUGCAGGAAUUUGGGGACCUUAAAACAGAGGAGCAGGUGCAAAAACUGCAAGCUAUCUUGAAACCAAUGAUGCUGAGAAGGUUAAAAGAAGAUGUGGAGAAGAAAUUGGCUCCAAAGGAAGAAACUAUUAUUGAAGUUGAGCUAACAAAUAUCCAGAAGAAGUAUUACCGAGCUAUUUUAGAGAAAAACUUCGCAUUUUUGUCAAAAGGUGCAGGCCAAGCUAACGUACCCAACUUAGUUAACACUAUGAUGGAACUCAGGAAAUGCUGCAAUCACCCGUAUCUUAUCAAAGGUGCUGAGGAAAAAAUCCUUGGAGAAUUCAGGGAGACCUACAGUCCCUCUGCUCCUGAUUUCCAUCUGCAAGCAAUGAUCCAGUCUGCGGGGAAACUAGUUCUGAUAGACAAACUUCUUCCAAAAAUGAAGGCAGGAGGCCAUAAAGUGCUUAUCUUUUCCCAGAUGGUCCGCUGUCUUGAUAUUCUCGAAGAUUACCUUAUACAUAAAAGGUACCUGUAUGAGCGAAUUGAUGGAAGAGUAAGAGGAAACUUGCGCCAGGCCGCCAUUGAUCGUUUUAGCAAACCAGACUCUGAUCGGUUCGUGUUCCUUCUUUGUACCAGAGCUGGUGGACUGGGCAUUAAUCUGACUGCAGCUGAUACUUGCAUAAUUUUUGAUUCUGACUGGAAUCCUCAGAAUGAUUUGCAGGCUCAAGCCCGUUGCCAUAGGAUUGGUCAAAACAAAGCUGUGAAAGUCUACAGACUGAUAACUCGGAACUCUUACGAAAGAGAGAUGUUUGACAGAGCAAGUCUGAAGCUGGGGCUGGACAAAGCUGUCUUACAGAGCAUGAGCGGAAGAGAAAAUAGUGUUGGUGGUAUACAGCAACUCUCGAAAAAAGAAAUUGAGGACCUUCUUCGAAGAGGCGCUUACGGUGCCAUUAUGGAUGAGGAAGACGAAGGCUCUAAAUUCUGCGAGGAGGAUAUUGAUCAAAUCCUGCAGCGACGCACAAAAACAAUCACAAUCGAAUCUGAAGGAAGGGGGUCAACGUUUGCUAAGGCCAGUUUUGUUGCAUCUGGAAAUAGGACAGAUAUUUCAUUAGACGAUCCUAAUUUUUGGCAGAAGUGGGCCAAAAAAGCAGAAAUAGACAUAGAUGCCAUCAGUGGCAGAAAUAGCCUGGUCAUUGAUACUCCCAGAAUUAGGAAACAAACAAGGCCAUUUAGUGCCACAAAAGAUGAGCUCGCUGAAUUAUCAGAUAUUGAGAGUGAAGGGGAUGAUAAACCAAAACUGCGGAGACCUUAUGACCGCUCCAAUGGAUAUGGAAGAACAGAAUGCUUCAGGGUGGAGAAGAACUUGCUAGUCUAUGGGUGGGGUCGCUGGAGAGAAAUUUUGUCACAUGGACGUUUCAAAAGGCAGCUAAAUGAACAGGACGUGGAGAUAAUUUGCCGAGCACUCUUAGCUUAUUGCCUUGUUCACUACAGAGGAGAUGAAAAGAUAAAAAGUUUUAUAUGGGACCUCAUCACACCAACCGAGGAUGGGCAGACUCGCGAGCUUCAGAAUCACCUAGGUUUGUCAGCCCCUGUCCCCAGGGGUCGAAAAGGAAAGAAAGUGAAAACUCAGACCAGCACUUUUGAUAUACAUAAAGCAGAAUGGCUUCGAAAGUAUAAUCCAGAGCAUCUUUUGCAAGAUGAAGGGUAUAAAAAGCAUAUAAAACAUCACUGCAACAAGGUCUUACUCCGAGUUAGGAUGCUGUAUUAUUUGAAACAAGAAGUCAUUGGUAAUGAGUGCCAAAAGGUUUUUGAGGGAGUUGAAGCAAGUGAAAUUGAUGUCUGGGUUCCUGAGCCAGACCAUUCUGAGGUGCCAGCAGAGUGGUGGGAUACUGAGGCUGAUAAGUCUCUCCUAAUAGGAGUUUUUAAGCAUGGUUACGAAAAGUACAAUACAAUAAGAGCCGAUGCAGCUCUUUGUUUCCUGGAAAGAGUAGGGAAACCUGAUGAGAAAGCAGUUGCUGCUGAGCAGAGAGCAAAUGAUUAUAUGGAUGGAGAUGUAGAAGAUCCAGAAUAUAAACCAGCACCAGCCAUGUUUAAAGAUGACUUGGAGGACGAUGUGUCAUCACCGGGGGACCUUAUAAUAGGAGAUGGAGAUGGUCAGAUGAUUGAAGGAGAUAAGCUUUACUGGCCAACACAGUCUGCCUUAACGACACGUUUGCGUCGCCUAAUAACAGCCUAUCAGCGUACCAGUAAGAACAGACAAAUCCAACAAAUUCAGCCUGCAUUUCCAGUUCAGGCCUGUGUGAUUCAGACUCCAUACGAAGAAUCUGCUUUAAAUCCAAAAAUGGCUGCCAAAAUUGAAAGACAGCAAAGAUGGACAAGAAGGGAAGAAGCUGACUUCUACAGAGUGGUUUCCACCUUUGGCGUUGUUUUUGAUCCUGACAGGGGUCAGUUCGAUUGGACCAAGUUUAGAGCCAUGGCUCGGCUGCAUAAGAAAACAGAUGACAGUUUAGAGAAAUACUUGUAUGCUUUUAUGGCCAUGUGCAGAAGAGUUUGCCGGCUGCCUUCAAAAGAUGAAUCCAUGGAUCCAAAUAUUUUCAUCCAGCCAAUCACUGAAGAACGUGCAUCUCGAACCUUGUAUCGAAUCGAACUUCUCAGGAAGGUACGGGAACAAGCUGUCCGUCACCCACAGCUAUUUGAGCGAUUAAAACUUUGCCAGCCGAAUCCAGACUUGCCGGUCUGGUGGGAGUGUGGGACUCAUGACUGGGAUUUACUGAUUGGAGCUGCAAAGCAUGGGGUUAGCAGAACAGACUACCACAUCCUUCGUGAUCCUGAGCUUUCAUUUAUGUCAGCCCAAAGGAACUACAGUCAAAACAAAGCAGCACUUUCAAGAACUCCUACCCCAGUUUUGCAUCCGUAUCAGAUGGCACUGUCUGCAUCCCCCCUCACGCCUCAGGCAAGACUGUUCGAUGUUAAAGGAAGCACACUCGAGGAUACAAAAGUUAAAGAAAACCAUAAAGAACAGCCUCAUUCUUCAGGGGAAGAGUCCAUGUCUACUGAGGAUAUGCAGACAGGAAUAAAGACUGAGCCUCUGAGUCCAAAGAAUGGGACACCAUCACAUGCUACAGACCACAGAUCUGUUGUGAAAGCCGACAAUGACAGGCGCAUGGUUGCAGCAAGGACAGAGCCCCUAACUCCAAAUGCUGUUUCCAAAAAACAGAGAGCCAGCAAAAGAGGAUCCGACUCCAGUUCCGAUUCAGACUCUGACUCAGACCGAUCAUCCUGUUCUUCCAGAUCAUCUUCAUCUUCGUCAUCUUCUUCCUCCUCCUGUUCACGCUCCAGAUCUAGCUCUUCAUCCUCUUCAUCUUGUUCUUCAGCGUCGUCAUCGUCGUCUUCCUCCUCAUCCUCCUCAUCUUCAUCCUCCUCCUCUUCAUCUGAAGAGAGUGACAGUGAUGAAGAGGAGGCACAAAAGAGAGCAGAAGGAACUCCUCACUUGAAAGCAUAUGAUGAAGAAAGCGUAGCUUCCAUAAGCACUGUGCAGGAUGAAACCCAGGACAGUUUCCAAAUGAAUAAUGGAACGCCAAAUUCUAAUUGUCCUUUACAAGGUGGAUAUAUGCUGGCUGCUUCCUACUGGCCAAAGGAUCGUGUUAUGAUUAAUCGUCUGGACAGUGUUUGUCAAACAGUCUUGAAAGGUAGAUGGCCAUCAGCAAGGAGAAGUUACGACGCCAACACCGUGGCUUCUUUUUAUACCACCAAGCUCCUAGACAGCCCAGGUGCCGCUGCAGACUGCACUGAGCCCAGUGUUCCAACUCCCCCAAGUGCAGAUGUUAAAGAAGAAAAUGAUCAGUCACCACAGAUGUCAAAGGUGAAGAAGCAUGUACGGGAAAAGGAGUUUACAGUGAAAAUCAAUGACGAAGGUGGUUUGAAAUUAAUUUUUCAGAAGCAGGGGCUUUCUCAGAAAAGGCCAUUUGAAAGUGAAGAAGGCACGUUAGGACAGCAGCAGUACCUUGCCCGACUACAUGAACUCCAGAAUGCUUCAGAGACGAGCCUUGCUAAUUUUCCAAAGUCUUUGCCAGAAUUGGGAACUUCCAGCCAAUCAACAAUUAGCGCAAAUGGAGUAAUAGUCGAUGACCAGCCUGCAGUGAAAAAGAGGCGAGGAAGGAGAAAGAAUGUGGAGGGAGUUGAUAUCCUGUUUAUAAAUAGAAAUAAAACACCUAACCAUGUUUGUCAUGGCAUCAGUGCCCCUCAGGUUGCUCCAGGAAUAAACCCAGCUCUUCCAUAUGCGCAGCCCCAAGGCCUGUGUGAUUCAGAGAGCCCAGUUCCAGUCAUUAAUUUGAAAGAUGGAACAAGACUUGCAGGUGAUGAUGCCCCCAAAAGGAAAGAUUUAGAGAAAUGGCUUAAGGAACAUCCUGGCUAUGUCGAAGAUUUAGGGGCUUUUAUUCCUAAAAUUCAACUACACGAGGGGAGACCCAAACAAAAAAGGCACCGUUGCAGAAAUCCUAAUAAACUGGAUAUUAACAGCCUUACUGGAGAAGAACGUGUUCAACUUAUCAAUAGGAGGAAUGCGAGGAAGGUAGGAGGUGCUUUUGCUCCUCCAUUGAAAGACUUGUGCAGAUUCCUGAAAGAAAACUCUGAAUAUGGAGUAGCUCCUGAAUGGGCAGAUGUUGUAAAACAAUCUGGAUUUCUUCCUGAAAGCAUGUUUGACCGCAUUUUAACGGGGCCUGUUGUACGAGAAGAAGUAAGCAGGAGAGGAAGGAGGCCUAAAAGCGAGAUCGCCAAGGCAACUGCAGCGGCAGCUGCUGCUGCAACUGCGGCCAAUGUCCCAGUCAACCCUUUGCUAGCCAAUGGGCUUAUUCCAGGAGUGGAUCUGUCUACUCUUCAGGCCUUACAGCAAAACCUGCAAAACUUCCAGUCCCUGCAAGUGACAGCAGGUUUAAUGGGAAUGCCAGCUGGCCUGAACACUGCUGGGGAAGCUAAAAACAUGGCUGCUGUGUUUCCCAUGCUUCUUUCAGGAAUGGCUGGCUUACCAAAUUUGCUGGGAAUGGGAGGACUCCUAGCAAAGUCUACAGAAUCUGUUCCUGAAGACAAAAAGGGAAAUGACUCCAGAGAGCUUGAAGGAAGGAAAGAGAGGACAGAGAGCCAAAAUGCACAUAAUGGUGGAGAAAACUCUGUGUCGGGUUCUCCUUCCACAUCCUCUACUGCUGCCGCAGCUGCCAGCCCCUUAGCUCUUAACCCCUUACUGUUGUCUAAUAUACUUUAUCCAGGGAUGCUUCUCACUCCAGGCCUUAAUCUCCAUAUCCCAGCUUUGUCCCAAUCUAAUAUUUUUGAUGUACAGAACAAUGAAAACAACGGCACAGGUGUAGCUCAGUCUACGGAAAAGGAGGAAAACUGUAGUGCUCGAGAUCAAGAAGGAAGAAGGGGAGCAGAGCCUAGCUCUCGCAAUGAAAACAGCACAGAUGAGGGUUCAGAGAAAGGUGGCGCUUCCUCUGGAUCAGACAGUACAUCAUCCUCGUCUGAGGAUUCAGAUUCUAGUGAUGAAGACUGACCCCAGACUCUGCACUUAAAUUAUAAACUGAUUUUGAAUUUAUUCUUUAAUUAUUUCAUUGUAAAUAACCCAGUGUUGAGUGAGUGCAUCAAUAAUUUACUGACCGAACAUUUCAGUAUUUGUUUAGAAGUGCAAACUGCUUUCAAAGACAUUUUGCAUGUAAUUUCUUGAAGUUCUUAAGUUUCUGAACUUGUAUGUACUAUCAGAUACACAUUUGUGUAAAAAAAAAAAUUACAGCAAAAGGCAUUAUAGUUUUGUUGGGGAGGGGGGUUAAUUUUAAAAAAAUGCUCAGUAUGAGCUGUAUAUUUAAUAUAUUUGCAGUGAACACAGAAUCCUUUAUGCGCAUUAUUGAUUUAAUUUGAAUAUAGUUUUACAGUCUCCUUGAUGCUUAUCAUUUACAGAUCAAAACUCAGCAAUAAUUUGGGCAGCUAAUGAAUGUCAUGAAAGCUGUAGAACCUAGAUCACCAUCCAUUGCUUUAACCACAUGAAAAUGCUCUAGUGUUGUGAUGCACUGCUGAUGUUUCCAAUUCAGGUACAACUGUGUUUUUUUAAAAAAAAGUUUCCCAGUCAGCCAAUGAAAUUGGCUACUUGUUACCUCAGCUGAGUUAGUUUAGGAAGUUUACAUUGGUUUUUCUCUUCUUGUUGUCAUAUAUUCUGUUUUUCUUUUUAAAGGCACCCUGUGUAUGUUAAUUUGGUGUAUGAUUUUUAUUUCUCAUUACCAGUGCACAUUUGUGUAACAAUAGUAAAGGGAAACUUUGACAUGUACGAUAUCCCUUUCCUAUUUCACUUCGACACCAUGGAUAUCUGUUUAAUUUUAAAUGUUGCUCCUUCUACAGCAGCCAUGUUGUUGAAGAGCUGUAGCCCCAAGUUUGAGAACAAAAUGUCAUAAAGUGCCACUUUCAACACUGCAUACUUCAUGUUAUAAGGAUGAUAUCCUUGUGAGAAUGACUUGUUGGGUUUGUUUGUUUAUAGUUGUGUUUGUCAUGUAAUCUCCUGUAGUUACCAGUUAAUAAUGGUAAGGGGAAAUGUAGACACGUUAAACUCUUAUAUUUCUUUACAAGUUUAGAUCUGACUGUAUUGAAAAAUGUUACCCAAAAAUCAAGAUUCGGGGAAUCAUCAGUUUAUUAUAAUAAUGCUGAGUUGCCCAGUAACUAAAAAGCACUUUCAACAAUGUUUAGAUGUUUCUUAAAACCAUGGUUAACAGUGCUUAAAAAGUAUCUGUUGGAAUAAAAGCCCCUAAACCCGUACUGUAUAAAAAUCAAUCUGAUAUUUGAUGUGAUAUGAUUCCUUGAUUUGCUGAAGCUGCUAUUCCUGUGACAUGUUAGAAUCAAAGAUUCACGCCCACAUGGUAGAGCUAACUGAGAGUAAGUAUGAGCUUGUGCUAUCUUGCUUGUGGUCCACGAACAGGCAAGAGUUGAUGGAAUGAAUGAAAGUACUGGUUGAUAGUAGAUGACAAACCUUUUCAAAAGGGAAUAAUUAAAAAAAAUGUAUUUUGAUAUGGUUUUGUUGCUUGCUUGUACAGUAAACAAGACUGUGUUGUUUUUUACCAAGAUCUUUAUCAAUUAAAAUAAGUUUGUACAUGCAAAAUAAUGAACCCCUUGACUAGAAACAGUAUUACAUGUAAUUACACAAUUAUACAAGUACCAUUUGGAUUGUGCCGGUUACUGUAUUCCCCUCCCCCCCAAAUAGUAUUGAUUCCGUUGGUCCUUCAUGCAGUGUCUUAGCAAUAGUCAAAACAUGCCACAAGAAAGGGGUAGCAAUUCUUCAUCAUGAAAGGAUGUAUUACAUAUUUAAUAUUUGCCCUUUGUAAUAUAGCACUUUUGUUUAACUUGUAUGUAUCCAUGAUAUAGCCAAAGUUUUCCAAACACAGUUGUUGACAUAGUCAAUGGAGUAUUUCAACAAUAUCAUCACUUUGCACCAGUCCCUUACAUGCCUCCCCCAAAAGAAAAUCCUAAACAUAAUUUUUAAAUAAAUUUAUGAAAUAAAGUAUUUUCCUAAUUAUGGUCAAGUGAAUUUGCUUACCAUUCUAGUGAUCUUCAUUCUCUGUAGUAAGGCAAUUUACAGUUUCAAAUACAGAUUUGAAUCUGAAGUAAAGGCCUGUUUAUUUCUUUUAAUCAGUGUCAGUUGGAAGAUGAGAAAUAAGUAGUUAUGUCAGCUGAACAUUAUGCAGAUAUGACUGCAUAAGUCCAGAAUUGUAAGGACAGCCCAUUAGAAUUAACAUUAUUAAUACUGAAAUGUUCAGUACAAAGGAUAUCCAAGAUGGUGAAGAAGUGUACGUUGGUAGUGACUAAAAGAACUUUAGCUGUUUAUUGCCUUGUAUUUUCUAUCCCUUCGUUUCAGGCCUCAUGAUCCAAGUCUAAGUCCUGGUUUUUUGGGUUUUUUGUUUUUGGACAUUUGCAAUAUUUGCCAGUUGUGUUCUGUGUAGUCUGAAUUUGCUUUCUGUAGUUGAACAAGCGUCUUAAAGUCAUUUGUAAUUUAUUGAAUUACUUUCUAUGAUGUUCUAUAGAGCAAAUGGAAGUUUAAUUAUUUUUUAUUAAACAUAUUCUUUGACAACC